ACUCUGGAGAAGCGGGCGUGCCGCGACACGGGGUGCAAGUGCGUCAAGGGCCUGCGCCAGGGCCAGUACUGCGGCGCCUGCGUCUGGAAGGGCGACUACGUCAUCACCAAGAAGCGCUACCUCAAGCACAUCUACGAGUGCAGCCCCGAGGGCGACUGCUGCGACUACGACACGUCGUCUGAUUGCAAUACCGGCCACGGACGGUGCGGG